AUGGCAAUUGUACUAUCAUUUGAGCUGUUAGUAUUGCUUCUUGUGCUUACAACAUAUCUAUUUGCUGUUGCAUAUCCUGGGGGGUUGAGAUUGAGUGCCAUUAAACGACCUGUGCUUCAAAAAUCCUCCUUCUACUCCAUAGAAAUCCCACCAGAAUAUGAAACACAUUAUUAUUCACAGACACUUGAUCAUUUCAACUAUUAUCCAGAGAGUUAUGCAACCUUCCAACAGAGAUAUAUCUUGAAUUUCAAGUACUGGGGUGGAGCAAACACUAGCUCGCCUAUCUUUGUUUAUGCAGGUGAAGAGGGUGAUAUAACAGGCGAUGUUUUGUAUGUUAAUUUCAUUGCUGAUCUUGCUGCUCGUUUCAAAGGUUUGCUUUUAUUUAUAGAGCAUCGUUAUUAUGGAGAAUCAUUUCCAUUUGGAUUGAAAAAUCACACAUUCCAAAAUGCAAGUAUCAGUGGCUACUUAAGCUCGGAGCAGGCUUUAGCCGAUUAUGCUCAAGUGAUUACAGAUGUUAAGAAAAACCUAUCAGCAGAGAAUUGCCCAGUUAUUGCAGUUGGAGCUUCAUAUGGUGGAAUGCUCGCAUCAUGGUUUCGUCUAAAAUACCCUCACAUAAUAAUUGGUGCUUUGGCAUCAUCUGCUCCAAUACUCUACUUUGAGGAUAUCACGCCACAAGAUGGAUACCAUGCUGUUGUAUCCAAGGACUUCAAAAAUACCAGUGAGAGUUGCUACAACACCAUUAAAAAAUCCUGGUCUGAAAUCGAUAGAGUUGCAGCUGAGCCUAAUGGUCUUCUAACCCUUGGAAAAACCUUCAAUGUUUGCAGGCCUCUAAACUCAUCACAAGAACUCAAGGACCCCUUGGAGGACAUUUACAUGGUCUCAGCUCAGUAUGACAAUCCUCCAGAUUAUUAUGUGGAAAAUUUGUGUAAAGCCAUUGAUGCAGUACCACAAGGGACUGAUAUUCUUGGCCGACUUGCUGCUGGUCUCAAUUCUUUUCGUGGAGGUUUCUGCCUUUUUGUAUUUGAUGAUUCUAACCAAGUUGGAUAUGGUUCAUGGUCAUGGCAGACGUGCACUGAGUUGGUAAUACCAAUGGGGGUUGAUAAUAAUGAUACAAUGUUCCAAAUAUCACCCUUUGAUCUGAAAAACUACACGAAAUCAUGCCAAGAAACUUUUGGUAUCACACCAAGGCCUUAUUGGGUUCCUAUACAAUUUGGUGGCCGUGAUAUAAAAUCUGUACUUGGAAAUUUUGCGAGCAACAUCAUUUUCUCCAAUGGACUGCGUGAUCCAUGGAGCUCUGGAGGAAUUUUAGAGGACAUAUCCGACAGUGUUGUUGCUAUACAUACAGAUGAAGGUGCUCACUGCUUGGAUGUAUUAAGUCCUAAUGCAACAAGUGAUCCUGCCUGGCUGGUUGCACAGAGAGACAAAGAGAUCAAAAUUAUUGCAUUUUGGCUUGCGCAGUACUAUGCCAAACUUUCUAGCAAGAUUGGCGACAGAACUGGCUAA